AUGGCGUUCCACCCAGACAGUCUCCCCGAUCUCGAGGGCAAGGUAUUUAUAGUGACAGGGGGUAACUCUGGCAUAGGCUACCACACCGUUGCUCGCCUUGCGGAACAUGGCGCUCAUGUCUACAUGUGCGUCAGGUCAUUAGAGAAGGGUGCAUGGGCAAUCGCUGAGAUUAACGAAAAAUGCCCCUCGGCGAACGUUGACCUCUUGCAAAUGGAUUUGACGGACCUCGCCACCGUUGUUGCAGCUACCAAAUAUUUCCUCACUCUCGAAACAACGCUGCAUGGGUUGGUCAAUAAUGCAGGGAUCAUGGCCACACCCUUCGAGAUAACCAAGGAUGGACACGAGGCCCAGUGGCAAGUCAACUACCUCGCUCACUGGGUCUUGACGGAACAUAUGCUUCCUUUGAUGCUACAAACAUCUAAGAAUCUCGCCCCGGGCAGCUACACGCCUCUUCCUAGCGUCCUCCAGAUCUUGCCCGAGGGCCACUAUGUGUUCUAUCCGUCCCUAGUUCCCACUGGUGCCCUAGUUCCGUUAUAG